AUGGAGAGGACGCUGCUGCCGCUGCACCUCCGCGUCCUUCUGCUGGGGCUGCUGCUGGGGGGGACGCUCACGGUCCGACCGGCCACCACGUCUGCGGAAGAGGACCGGGACAAAGACGGAGACGCGGAGACACCGUGCGAGCUUAAAACCGUCACCGUGUCUACACUACCCGUACUCCGGGAGAACGAGUUCAGCUUCACCGGCGGAGCCUCCGGGAGCGUGGUCGGAGGGGGGAGCGCAGCCUCUGCUUUUGCCUCUGCCGCCGGAGCAGGUGUCUCUGCUGGUGCUGCCAGUGGAGGAGGAGGAGGACCUGGAGGAGGUACUGGAGGAGGAGGAGCAGGAGGAGGAGGAGGGGGGGGGGAAUCCCGACUCCUGUUAUUCGUUAGAACAGACCUACCUGGACGAAUUUCUGUAAUGGAUGAUCUUGACAACACAGCUCUUCCCUACUUCACACUAGAGAUGUCAGGGACAGGGGAAGACAUUUCUCAGGUGCACUGGAAGCAACAGUGGUUGGAAAAUGGGACGCUGUACUUCCAUGUGUCCAUGACUGAGGCCGAGCUCCUCGCCGAGACAACGCAGCCGACCGCCCGGGAGCCCGCCCACGUCCUGCAUGAACACAUGCAUCUGCUGCACAUCUCGGUUAUGGGAGGCCUCAUAGCUCUCCUCCUCCUCAUCCUCCUCUUCACCCUCGUCUUGUAUACACGCCACCGUUGGUGCAAGCGUCGCCGGAUCCCCCAGAAGAGCGCCAGCACCGAGGCCACCCACGAGAUCCACUACAUCCCCUCAGUACUGCUGGGUCCCCAGGGCCGCGACAGCUACCGGGGCUCUCGAAACCAACACCAGCACGGCAGCUCUGUCAUCGGUAUGCCCAUCCGAGAGACCCCCAUCCUCGACGAUUAUGACUGUGACGAGGAAGACCCCGGCGGACACUCGUUUAACUCCACGCCUAACCAGAUCCACAACCAGCUGAGUGACGGGAAGGUCCAGGAUGACUACGGAGUUGGCAUUGGACACACGGACAUGAUGUGCAAAGACGACGAGCUUAAGCAUAAUUUUGAAAAACGAGCCAUUGACCCAAACAAGGAGUCAGUCGAGGAUUUGAUGCAGAGGUUCCAGGACGGGUUCCGUGUUCCCAACACGCCAACGGACAUGUCGCACUACCAGCAUGUCAUGCACAGUUCGUCGACAAGUCGCCGGAGGGUCCCCAGUCACACCAGAGUGACUGGCGGUGUGUUUGGUCCUCAAGGAGAAUCGGGGUCAGAGCCUGAAGAUGACAACCAAAUGAAGUUUUACACAGAGCAGCACAGAGGGCGAAGGCGCAGCAAAGGCCACCCACACAGUCCACUGAACAAGGUCACCCUGACGUUGAUUACCAUCAGCACAUGUGUCAUUGCCAUUGUCUAUGCGACGCAGGAUUCCUGCCCCCUCACUGUCAAGGUUACCCUCCAUGUGCCGGAGCAUUUUUUAGUAGAUGGAAGUAGUUUUGUGGUGAGCAUGGGCAGCUUCCUGGAUGUUUCCAAUUGGUUAAACCCUGCCAAGCUAACCCUGUACUAUCAGACCAACUCGUCCACACAGUGGGUCCGAGAUUACUGCGGCCAGAGGACCACGGAGCCCUGUGAGCAGCUUUGUGACCAGGACACAGGUGAAUGCAGCUGUCAUGAUGGUUAUUCCCCUGAUCCGGUCCAUAAACACCUUUGUGUUCGCAGCGACUGGGGUCGAAAUGAAGGUCCUUGGCCGUAUGCUAACUUGGAGAAAGGCUAUGACCUAGUUACCGGAGAGCAGGCCCCAGAGAGGAUCUUCAGAUCGUUCUACAGUCUGGGCCAAGGCUUGUGGCUGCCAGUCAGCAAGAGCUUCGUGGUGCCGCCGGUGGAGCUGUCAAUCAACCCCAUCGCCAGCUGUAAGACAGAUGUGUUGGUGACUGAAGAUCCAGGGGAGGUCAGGGAAGAGGCCAUGUUGUCAACUUAUUUUGAGACAGUAGAUGACCUGCUGGCAUCCUUUGGGCCGGUGCGUGACUGCUCCAAAGAUAAUGGCGGCUGCAAGAAGAAUUUCAAGUGUGUGUCUGACCGACAGUUAGAGUCAUCUGGGUGCAUGUGUCCUGAGGGGCUGAGGCCAAUGAAGGAUGGCUCAGGUUGCUAUGACUACUCCAGGGGCAUCGACUGCACCGAUGGCUUCAAUGGCGGCUGUGAACAGCUGUGUCUCCAACAACUCGUGCCCCUUGAAGCUGACCCUGGUUCCAACAACGUGCUCAUGUUUUGCGGGUGUGUGCAGGAAUACAAAUUGUCAACGGACGGGCGAUCGUGCCUCCUGCAGUCGGAUAACUGUGAGGGACCAAAAUGCCCAAGGCAGGAUGUCCACUUCAAUGACACCCUGUUUGGUGAGAUGCUGCAUGGAUACAACAACAAAACGCAGCAAGUCAACCUGGGACAAAUAUUCCAGAUGACCUUCCGGGACAACAACUUCAUUAAGGACUUUCCUCAGCUCGCAGACGGUCUAAUGGUUAUUCCCCUGCCCGUGGAGGAACAGUGUCGGGGGGUGCUGUCAGAGCCCCUACCUAACCUGCAGCUUCUCACAGGGGAUGCUCAGUUCAGUGAGGCGGUGGGGUAUCCCAUGGUCCAACACUGGAGAGUGCGCAGCAAUCUGUACAAAGUCAAACUCAGCUCCAUCACUUUAUCUACAGGAUUCUCCAAGGUUCUGAAAACCCUGUCAGCUGAGAGCACACGUGACGAGCUGCUGGAUUUUCUCGAGCACUACGGCAGCCACUAUGUAUCUGAAGCCCUGUACGGAUCUGAGCUCAGCUGCAGCAUCUACUUCCCCAGCAAGAAGGCCCAGCAGCAGCUCUGGCUGCAGUACCAGAAAGAGGCCACAGACCAGGGGGUUGUUGGAGGCGGCCGGCGUGAGCUGAAGUCGCUUCCCUUCAUCAGUUAUCUGUCAGCGUUACAGAAGAGCCAGCUGUUGUCUGAUGACAUGGUGAAUGGAGUGGAGAUCCGCUGUGAGGAGAAGGGCAGUUGUCCUGCCGGCUGCCACCUGUGCCACCACCAGGCCGUGAUGGGGGGUUCGUCAGGACGAGGCCACGGAGGUAACAGCAGGAACGGAGAGCAGUCCUCCCCCAUCCCUGUGCUGCUGGAUGUCAGCCGGGUGGUGCCUCUCUACAGCCUGGUGCAGGACAACGUCACCAAAGAGGCCUUCAAGAGCGCCACAAUGAGCUCAUACUGGUGUGCUGGAAAGGGCGAUGUCAUUGAUAACUGGUGUCGCUGUGACCUGAGUGCCUUCAGCAAAGAUGGCCUGCCUAACUGCAGUCCCCUCAGGCAGCCAAUUUUGCGCCUAGCUCCAUACCUGGAGCCCUCAAGCACAAUGGUGGCCCUGGAGUGGAUGGAUGUGGAGCCUCUGAUUGGCUGCAAGAUUUCUGACUAUAUCAUCCAACAUAAAAGAGUGGAAGACCCCUCGGAGCCAGAGGUCUACACAGGGGAGGUUCUGAGCGUAGUGGACGAUCUCUUCUCUGGUUUGGGUUCACCCUGUGUGGUUGCCGGCAGGAGGAGUGGUGACCAUCCCCAUUCUGUCCUAUAUUCAGUGGUCUUCAAGUGCCUGGAACCUGACAGUCUCUAUAAGUUUACCCUCCAUGCAGUGGACAGUCGAGGCAGCCGCUCUGAGUCAAGUUUCGUGUCGGUACGAACAUCCUGUCCAAUGGUGGAUGACAGCAGAGCCGAAGAGAUAGCAGACAAGGUGUACAACUUGUACAAUGGCUACACCAGCGGCAAGGAGCAGCAGAUGGCCUACAACACACUGAUGGACAUCUCUCCUCCGUUGCUAUACCGAGUCCAGCACCACUACAAUUCCCAUUAUGAGAAGUUUGGAGACUUUGUCUGGCGUAGUGAGGAUGAGCUUGGUCCCAGAAAAGCCAACCUGAUUCUGCGUAGGGUGGAGAAGAUCAGCCACUACUGCCGCUCCCUCCUCCGCAGCACCCAUAUCCAGAGCCGAACCGACACCAUGGCGUACGUCUACUGCCGGAGCGAGGACAGUCGACCCCCCAGCAACACGUGGCACGGCUCACUUUAUGAAAGUCGCACCACCUGCAUGGAAAAGCUCAUUUCUGUACAGCGUAACACAUACAGCAGCACUAAACUCCGAUGAGACUGGGGUCUGGAGACGAGCAUAUUUUUUCUCGCAAAGUGACAUCAUUUAUUGAUGUACCUCGUCACUUCAUUCUGCAGCAGGUGUCUCUCGAGUGACUGGUGCAUUUUGAAAACCAGGAGAGACUAAAAAACCUCAGAAGUCACUGGACAUUGUGUUAAAGCUACCGAAAAAAAAAACAAACGUAUUUUUGUGUGGCCUACUUUUAUUAAAAUAAGAGAACAGAAAACUCGAAUCGAAGAUAUUUCUCAAAUGCCAGUGAGUGCACAUAUCAAUGAGAAACCGCAGUGUGAACAUGUAAAAUAUCAUUCAGCCAAGAGAAAAACUGGUUGGCUUAAGUACUUUGAAUGUAAUAUUGUAGUUCCUUUUUGGUGCUUUGAGGCUUAUCUGGGACAUGUAAAAAUAAUUUAAAAAAUAAAUAAAUAAAUAAAUAAAUAAAGGAAAAAUAGCAUAACUUAUUUGCCUUUACAACCUUUUUUUGAAUGGAAAAGAUAAAAUAGAAAGCCAUUUGAAAAAACACUUACUUGUUUUUUUAAGUUCACAAGAAUUAUAACUUUUAGUUUAUGAAUUUAAAACCAGUAAGUGAGGACAUUUACGUAGUUAGUCCAAUAAUGCACUUAAUAGAUUCUGCUGAAACUGACAAGCUUUAAAGUAACAGGAUUGAGAGAUAGGCCAAAAACCAGCUUGUUGAAAUUAUGCAAACAUAUGGUGGGUGGCAUUUUUCAUAAACUUUUUAAUGCUGACUCAUUACGUCUGUCUUUCAGUACUGCAGUGCCCCCCCCUCCCGAAAAAAAAAAACAAAAAAAAAACAAACCUGAAACCCCAUUUACAACUGAUAUUGAAAUUGUCAUCUGUAUCCCUGCAAGUUAUGUGGAUCCUCAUUGAGAUCAGAUCUGUGUCCUCCAGGCCUAAAUCUGUACAGGAGUCAUUUAACUGGUGGCAAAUUAUGACAUGAUAUUGCAGCAUUGUUGCAUAACAAAAAGCCUGUAUUUAUGUUAUAUAUUUCUAUAGGAUGGCACAGUGGUGCAGUGGUUAGCACUGUGACCUCACAAGAACUUUUUUCAGUAAACGGUGUCUGGUUCCAAUAGGCUGUAUAUAAUAAAGGACAGAGGAACCAUCUCCCAUUGAGUUUGCGAUUUGGUGAGUGGUGCUAGCUUACUAAACCUGUAAAUUUUCUCUAGCCAUGCAUAACAAAUUAAUUUUACAGUCUUAGCCAAACCUAUUAUAAACCACUACAGUGGAGUUACCAGCCAGGAAAAAAAAUAGUUGUGAUGAAAUGAACUAAAACUCUGGAAGUUUGUCUCAGCAUCAGAGCAAGUUGACAUAGAGACCUGUCUAUCAAAGUUCAACAAAGCUGAUACUGAAGCUUCUAUUCAUCUUGAGAUCUGAUGUAUGGAGUUAAAAUGUAAUGAUGGACCACGUCACUUAUUAGAGAGACCAAAUACAAGAGUCAAAACUCCUACAAAAUUAUGAUUUAUUAUUUCUAAAGAGAAGUUCACUGUAAGUCUGUGGGAGCCAGGGCUUUGUGGAGCCAACUCCAGUGGCCGACAGUGGUAUUACAACUUUAUAUUAUACUUCUAAGAUAUUUCGGCAUUGGCUCCAUGUUGGAGCUGAGGUCCUUGCUUCAUGGCUCCAAUCCAGUGGCAGACAGUCAGAUAGUAUGCAAUGAAGAGCAUUUGGUAAUCAUUUUUUAAUGCCUGGGGCAUCCCUAUGGUGUAACUUGAAGUCAGUGUAAAUCUUUGCAUGCUGGAAGAUGGUUACGGCAGAACACCAAAAUUUGUGGACACACAGGAGACCAAGGAUGAAGUCUCAUUUCAUGUUAUGUUUAUUUGUGCAUAUUCUUUCUCCAUGUCUUUCUUUCCUAUAACCAUUCACUGAACCCUUUUCCCCUAACCUUAAUCUAGUUGUUUGUAUGCCUAAACCUCAACAAUCUCUAACCAUGGCUUUGUGUAGACUACCCUGA